AUGUGUUAUUGCGUACACAUUGUGAGCGGCUUUAACGUGGUCUUGCGAGGAGUUGAGCUGAAGGACUGGAUGGUGCACGAGCAUAAGAAUGCGGUGAACUGCGGCAACAGUCACGACCGUCACCUUAUCCCGGCGCAUCGAGUAAGCUUGUUCUCGAUUUGGAAGGAUACCAUUAAAGGCUUGGGAGACACUAUAAGGAUAGAGAAGAGGCUGUUUGGUAUGUUCAUUCCUUUGGAAGAGCAUAUUGUUCGUUUCUUGUGUUGCGGGAUUGAGUACAGAUAA